UAUUAUUCUCCGACCAGCUCUUGGCAGAACUCGAUCAAACAAUCAGUCUCUGUCUAGAGUAUUAUCAGGACUUCUUUCCUGAGGUGUCAAGGUCAAGGCUAGUGCUGUUUGAGUCCGGCGUAUCGCCUGUGAAUGCGAACUGUUACAAAUCUUGCAGCAAACAGAAACAUUCAAAAGCUCGCUGAGGACUUCUCUUUCACUAUAAAAAGUCAGAGUUGCUUGCACCUCUUUCACAAUGAACCGAUCACUUUCGAUCAGAUCUAAAAAGGGCGAUGGAAGCGGCGCUGGGCACGCCGAGAAAAGUGCUCCCAAGCACCGUUUCACUAUGGCUACUCUGCGAGGCAUGCAGCAGCCUGAACUGAGUCGAAAGCUUUUCAAAAUGAUUAAGACUGAGAACCACGUUAUCAAUGCGUAUGAGGCUGCUAGUCGUGAACGUGUUGCUAUUGGCACUCAACUUUCUGAGUGGGGCGAAUCUACUGGAGACGAUUCUGUCUCUGAAAUUGCCGACAAGCUCGGUGUAGUCCUCGCAGAGAUUGGAGAGCAGGAAGAUGUAUUUGCACAAAAUCUUGAGGACUAUCGAGCGGUUCUGAAGCAGAUCAGAAAUACCGAAAGUUCAGUGCAACCAAGCAGGGACCACAAGACAAAGGUCGCCGACGAGAUCCAGAAGUUGAAGAAUAAGGAGCCGCAAAGCACGAAGCUCGUUCAGCUUGAGCAGGAGCUAGUCAGAGCGGAAGCCCAGAACCUUGUUGCUGAGGCUCAAUUAACCAACGUGACACGUCAGAAAUUGAAGGAAGCCUAUGACAUCCAUUUCGCUGCUACAAUUGAGCGUGCUGAAAAGCAAAUCAUGCUUGCUCGCCAUGGUCGGCGCCUACUCAAUCUCUUAGAUGACACUCCAAUUGUUCCCGGCGAUAGCCGUCCGGCAUUUGAGUAUGGCCAUGAGGCGCGUCAGGUCCUCAGCGAUGCGGAGGAGGACCUGCGCGAUUGGCAUCCGACUGUAGAGCCAGUUCCAACGGCUUCAGGCUUACUUGAACAGAACCUGAUGCCUGUAGUAGCUGGCUCCGCGGCCAACAGUUCCGUCGGACCGGUCCCUGGCGCGGGCUCUCCCCCUCGAAGUGGAAGCCCGUUGCAGGCACAGGGCAUCUCUGAAACUGCACCUGUUGCCGAGGACGAAAUUCACCCAGCGUACAGGAAGGGAAGCGGAAGUGGUUCACCAAGUCGCAGGGAAGCCAGCGGCAGCACCGCCGUGGACCCCGGCCUGUACACUGGUCCACAAGAGGAGGCACCAGCAACUGUUGCUUAAAUCUGAUGUGUUGUGACUAAUGCUUUGGCAUGCAUGCAUGUGUUAAGAGCUUUGUUGCAGCUUUGUUUCUGGCAUGAGAUCAUGUGUGAUGUGAAUUCGCCCAACCUGGCUCGGCGUUGUUGAGUACUUUCGACAUGAUUUUACGUAUCCGACCAAUGAC